AUGGCUGUAAAAUUUCUUCCCGUUCUCAUUCCUUUUGUCGCUAGUUGCCAACACGAACUUUACUUGGACAUAGUUUCGUGCCAUACAAUUAGAAUUCAAGAAAUGGCAGAAAAUGAUGCUCGCCCCCAGCCCCAAAAGAUACUUUCGCUCUUUUCAAAAAUAUCAAAAAAGUUUUCAUCAUCAUCUACAGCAAUAGGCACCAGCAGUAUAGCAAGCGCAACAGAAUCGAUGCCAUCAUCUUUUUUAUCGCUAAAAACUCCGACUCAGGAGAAUACAGUAAAUACCAACUCUGAGUCGAGUAGUCGAGUAGUUUUGGGUGGAAGCAGCCAGGUUCUUGGUGCGAAAGACGUGUCGUUGACCAAGGCGCUUGAUGGGAGCAAUGAUAAGCCAUCGUUUAAUACACCAAGGACACAGACCAACAAGAUUUUGAAUGCUUUUGCAAGUACUUCUUCAGUUGAUACUCAUCGCGACAAUAUUCUUAGCCAAAGUGAUGGGUAUCAGCGGUUUAAGCUUCAGUCUAAUUCAGCCGUUGGUCCAUCAUUAGAAAACAUGAAAAAUAAAUCAUACACUGCGUCAGAACUACGGAUACUAAAUGAAAAGGAUGGCUCAGGUGAGAAUAGCGCAACCAAUCAAUCACUUCAAUGCUCUGGGGAGGAUGACUUGCUCUCUCAAGUAAACAAAGUGUCACAAUCUACUGAUGAGCUAGAAAAAGUAUAUAGCACUUUGAUUGCAAGUCGUAAAAGCAGUAAUGAUUUUGGGGAAAUGCAUCAUACAAGCGAAGGAUUUGUUCAACCUUUGGCAUCGCUAAGCGGAUCAAUUUCACGACCAUCGGCAAGCACCUCAGACUUGCAUGUAAAGAAAGAUACCCAGCAAGUGAUAGCACCAGCUAUUUCGAUACAAAAAACAAAUUCUGCUAAAUUACAAGUCUUAUCAAAAAGUAUUUCUGAAGUUUCUCAUAAUGCCAAGCAACCAAUAGAAUCCUCACGAGCCAGAUCGAAUGCGCAGCUAAAACCAUUCCAAACUGACUCGCAGCAAAACCAUCCAUCACAAUUAUUGAAUACUCGUACAGUAUCGCCAAUACUCACUACACCAACACAGUUUAUUGGAAAAGCCACCAUAUCUCGUUUUGGCACAAACCCAGCAUUGCAAUCUAAACAAACGCCGACAGAAUUGGAUAAAACUAAAACUUUUACAGAUGCAUCUCAGUCAAAAUUGAUUGCCAAAGCAUCUUUGCUCAGUUCGGUAUCAAAUGUGCCAGAAUCGUGCACACCGGGGCUAUUGAUUAAACCUACCAAAUCCGGUUCAAAUCUCACCCAAGGAUCAAACAAUGCCUCGAAAACAUCUGUUGCCAAUUUUGUACAGCAAAAAUCAAGUACAAGCUCAAUACAAUUAGAACUGAAUGUACAAAGAUCCGACUCAAAUUUGGUAUCUGCGGGUGGUCAACAACAGCCCAUACCAUCCUUGAUAUCACAAACUCUCGAGCGGCAUAUAUCGCCACACACCUCAAUUACAAAAGAUACCAACCCGGCCAUUACCGAUUUUCAAAAAGAAACCUAUAUGGCAUCCCCACCACUCGUUAAAUCCGAGUCGUCAGCAUCUUUGAAUAUGUCCUCGCGUGUUCCGUACACGAGUGUAGAUGCAGUAUCAACUGGCCCAACUACGCCAGCAUGUAUUAGUGCAAAUAAUUCCAUUACAGCCCUCAGUGAUACUAGAUCUCGCUCAACCUCAAUAUCAACUAAAUCACACGAAGCUGCUGGGGAAGAUUUACUGGAAAGACUGCGUAUGACAGUUGGAGCUAAACUCCGGAGUCAAAGUUCACAACAGACUAUGCAAACCACAGUAAAUUCUUUGCUUAUAGAUACCAAGAAAGAAUUGCCAAACAAUGGAUAUCGAUUGCGUGCGCAAACGUGGUCUAUCAAACCAAACGGUGAUGCAAACUACAAAAGCAAUGAUGCUGUAUCUGGAUCAGCUGACAAAAGCUCUCUCAGAUCGCCUACAUCUCCAAUAUCAAGAUACAAUGGAGAGUUUUUGACCAAUAAAACUACCCUACUUCGAGGCACAACACUGGCGCAGAUGCGUAUAAACCAGCCGAUGAUAGGAUCAAGGUCUGCUUCUAAACCGACUUUUGAUCUUGGAAAGAAUUUUCAGCGUACGGACGCCUUUUCUGGAUUUUCAGCCAUUGGAAACACUCCAGGUACGAGUUCUGGAUCGGAUGAAAGCUUUGAAUCUGGAUCACGCAUGAUAAAUUUUCAAGGUAUACCAUCUUUAAAUAAAAGUGGAAAUACACCUCCACGAUCACCGUUUGCUCAAUCGAAUGUAUCAACUACAUCUGCCACAGUGCUAGGUCAGGGUGGGGUUUCAAAAGGAGUUUUGGCUGGCUCAAACCUUACAGGACGCCCACAUAGCACUUCAUUAAGUGCUGGAUCCAGCACUCUGUCCAAUGUUCAUAGUAUUCAACAACGACCAAGAGGAUACUCAUAUGCAUCGUCAGCAAGCCCAAUGAAUUCAAUGAAUCCAGUAAAUGCGCUGCAGCAGCCAUCUGUUCUAUUUCAGCAGCCUCUUGAUCAGCAUGGAUCGCGUAUUAACGUGGCGAAUACAUCUAUGCCUACCAGUUACUUGGGAACUUCUAUGCAAUCCAACCCCGUUUCACCAUUUGAUAGAUUGGCUAAAAACGAAGUAGGGUCACAGUUCAACUCGACAGUAUCUCUUCCAUUCAAAAACACAAGAGCAAGAAGUCAUACAACGGCAGCAUCAUAUACAUCUAACGAUGCUGCAGCAAAUCUUGAACCUGAUCAUACACGUUUGUUAUCUGAAUCAAGUACAUACCCACACCAAAAAUCGAGUUUUGCUCAGGAUGUACAAUCCAUGGCGUAUUCGUUUCAUCAUCAAAAACAUAUAAAGUCACAGCUAGCUGUUCCGGAGCAGAGAUCUUCACCAGGGACAAAUCUUACUACGCAAAUGUUGUAUUCAAAUUUGACAGGAGCGGGAAGAGUGCCGUUAAAAAGAGGAAUGUCUACACCUCAGCAUUCGCAUGCGGCAGCACUUGAGCCCAUUUUAUCACAACCAUCAAGUCCAUCUGGAUCGUCUGUCGCCCUUAUGAGACAGUCUAGUGCGCGAAACAGUACAUGUAGCGACAGAUUUAAUAAUUUAGACAGCUGUACGCCAGAAACAGGUUUACCUAAAACGCACAAAACGCGACUAGAACGUGGUGAUUAUAAAAACGCUGAUUCAAGUGAUGACAUGCCAAACAGAAAUGCAUCAGCACCAAUUCCUGCAAGUGCUGAUCUUUCUAAUUCACAAAAUAAUGCAUCAGGUCACAAAACUGCUACAAAUAUCACUGACAAACUCAAUCUUGAUCACCCCUUGUCUAAAUCCAACUUGGCUUUUUCAUACCGCAUAGAUGAUCAAGCUACUGGUGAAUCAAGCCAGGAAAAAGACGACCGAAAACUAGCUUUUUCACAGCGAUUCAAAAGUGAUUCGGUAUCUUCACGACCAACUUUGGAUUAUUUGGAUUCUCGACAAGCUGGUUUACCACAAAACGCAUCCCAAGCCAUGUCUAAUUCUAUUAAUGGUAUUAGCCAUUCUAACAAUUUCCGCGGAGCACAUAGCAACGGGAUGCACCAAGAUAAUCUAGAUAACAGGUCCUCUGUAGCAUCCGAAUACGAUUCAGAUACGGAUCCAAUAUUUGAUGAAGAUUCGGGUUUGGUUCGAUGUUUCAAAAGAUCCGAAAGCGGUAUGUGCGUAUUAGAGCAAGGAUGGGACAGUGAAGUUUAUGCAGAUCCUAGAUAUAAUAUCUGGCGUAGAGCAGUCCUGGAAAUUCUCCAGCAACAGACGGACUUUCCAUUAAUUAUGCCGACAGAUCUUUUUGCUGCUAUAAUGGAUGAUUUCAUCGAACUGUAAGAUCAAAUAAACGCAGUGAUGUAAAUUAGUUUGGCCAUGUAGGUGUAUAGAAUUGAAGUUUGCACAAAUAAAUUAUUGCCAUCAUAUC